AUGAUAACACGUCAUGAAUUCGCAACAGUUCAAUCACAUCUAUCAACUGUUUACUUUUCUUCAUCAGCUAUUUUUGCUGGUUUAAGUUUAGGAACAUUUUUAGUUCGUCAUCCAUUUAAUAUAUGGUCAAAAGAAGCAACAAAGGAGGGGGGAGGCGCAUUUGUUCUGAAGAAUUUUAAACGUCAUUGUGAACGUCAACACAGUAGUAUUAAUACAGAAGAAAAAUAUAAAAAACAACUUGUGAAACUGAAAGAAAAAAAUGAACAAUUAUUACUUUCUUCUUCUCCAACUGAACAUCAUCGUGAACAAUCGUCAACAGGUGUGAGCGAUGUUUGCUCUGUUACAGACACUGGUACCAAUACCAGUUCUACUUGUUCUACUAUUAAUGAAACAGUUCAAUUAACUUCUAUUAAUGAACCAGCUCAAUUAACUUCUAUUAUUAAUGAAUCAGUUCAGUUAUCUUCUAUUAUUAAUGAGCCGGCUCAAUUAACUUCCAUUAUUAAUGAACCAGUCCAGCCAUCUUCUAUUGUUGAUAAACCAGUUCAAUUAUCUUCCAUUAAUAUCGAAAACAAUGAUCAAAUGAUUCAAAUAAAAAAUAAAAUAUGUGGUGGUGUUAAAUAUCUUAUACAUCAAACAAAUCAAUGCUCGAGUUUAGUUAAAUUAUCUGUUGAUCCAGAUCUUAGUGAUAAAUAUUUCAUUGUUCAAAUUGUCUCUUAUUUAAAAUUAAUACAAGGAUCAGUAACAGACUUAAUAAAUGAAUGUAAUUAUGCAUCACAAAAAAUGCCAACUUUAGAAACAACUAUUCAUGAAAUACAAUCAUCUGAAAUAACAACAAGUCGUGAUCCAUCGUUUAAAAAAGAUUUCAAUGAAAAAGAACUUCGAUAUUUAGUCAAUGAAGGACCUUACCAGCCGUUGCUCACAAAAUUUCCAGAUAAUGAAUUAUUAAAAAAGAAAAAAGAUACAUGUCAUUUUGUCAAAAAAUGGUAUCAAGAAUAUCCACUUAUCGAAUACAGUCCAAUAACAAACGCUGCUUAUUGUUUUUCCUGUCGAUUAUUCGGUGAUGGACCGGGUAAUGGCCGAGAAGAAGAUGCAUAG